CCUCUCCCCAGCAGUUUUCAGUUACAAUUUUUUAAUUUUACAGUUCCCUGUUUAAAAAACUGAAUUUAAAUUAAACAAGAAAACAUGAGUUCCGUUCCGACUGUUAAAAUUGUUUCGGAGUCGGAUCAAGAAAAUCUGAUGGAGAAACUGGAGGUGUUCAAGGUCCAAGGCCGAGAUAAGCGUGGCCGGAAAGUUCUUCGCAUCAUCGGCAAGCUCUUUCCCGCUCGGCUGACGAGCACUGAGACGUUGAACAAGUAUUUGGAGAAGAAAAUCUUCCCUAAAUUGGAAGGAAGACCGUUCUGUAUUCUGUAUUUGCACACAGAUGUUCAAAGAAGCGAGAAUUUCCCUGGAAUCUCAGCCUUACGAUCAAUCUACGAUGCGAUUCCGAUCAACGUUAAGAAUAAUCUGGAGGCUGUUUAUUUCGUGCACCCUUGCCUACAAGAUAGACUCUUCUUCGCCACUUUCGGCCGUUUUCUUUUUGGUGGAGGGUUAUAUGGAAAGCUAAAGUAUGUGAACAGGCUGGAAUUCUUGUGGGACCAUGUAAGGAGGGCUGAGAUUGAGCUACCGGAGUUUGCUUAUGAUCAUGAUGAUGAUAUGGAGUACCGGCCGAUGACGGAUUUUGGGCCGGAAAGCGAUCAUCCGAGAGUUUACUGUGGAACCUCCGAUAGUAAUCCAGUUUCCAUGUACUCAAUGAGAUGUAUUGCCUAAGUAAUUUAGGAGAUGCUGUAUUACUUUGGUUUUCAUUAUUUCCUUUGUACAAAAGUGGCGGAAAUGGAAAAUGUUCGCUUUAGGAAAUUUAGAAACGGUUUUUGUUUAUAGUUUAAUUCAUAUAUGGAAGAAAGAUGUAAAAAGAAGAGUUAUUUUAUUCAGAAUUACUGUUAAACGGCAAAA